AUGCCGUGUCGGAAAGAGAACUACAUCUUUCUGGAACAAUCCGUCACCGUCGAUCCGAAGGAGGUGGACGCGCUGGUGACGAAAAUCGGCGAGGCGCUGCAGCUCCAUAACAACAGCGGGGGACACCAGAAGACUGUGUCCGUGUCUGUGUCCUGUCUGCACGGACUCACCGGCACCACGGCCACCGGGGGGGUCAAACCGGCGCCCAUCACGACGGGAGGAGCUCCGGCGCAGAAACGGACCGGCUGCUGCAUGCGGCUCCGGAACCGAGGACACCGGGGGAGGAGCAGCAGGGCGAGCCCGUAUCACAUCCCCGGAUCUAACGGCAGCGAGCAGGACUGGGACCAAAUCAGACCGUGGAACAAAAGAAGGAUCACCGUGGAGGAGGACGACGACCCGCACCGUCUGCUCCAGGAGUUAAUUUUAUCGGGGAACCUGAUUAAAGAGGCAGUCAGGAGGCUGCAGUUCUCCGCGGCGACGGCGGACUGUGGAGACUUCCCCAAAACGGCGGACAGCGUGGCCUGCUGA